AUGGGUCCUGGAGUGGGGCUGUGUGUGGGGCAGCAGGUAUUGAGUGUUGGACCCUUGGUCUUUCAGGGGCCGGUGACCUUCGAGGAGGUGGCUGUGUUUUUCACCAGGGAAGAAUGGGCUCUGCUGGACCCCACUCAGAGAGCCCUCUACAAAGAUGUCAUGCAGGAGAACUAUGAGAAUGUGACCUCGCUGGCAGGUGAUGCAAUGGUAUGUGAAAAAGAGGAGCAGAAUUCUCAGCAGGAAAAUGUUGAGCAAGUGGAUAAACACAGGGAAUUAUCGCAAAGACUGAAAAGGAAUGUGUCCACGAGUCAUGAGCAGGGACAAUCCUGUGAGAUUCAGCACAGACCAGAAAGACAGCAGGGAAACCAGCCACGGGAGAAAGUGGGUAAAUUUAUUUCCUGUCGGGGAACUCAGAAGGACAUCAAGGAAACCACAACACAGCAGGAAAUCUUCAGGGGCAAGAGAAAAAAUACAUGCACUGAAUGUGGGAAAAACGUACGUUACUACUCAGUCCUUAUAAAGCGUCAGAGAAUUCACACAGAUGAGAAACCCUGUGAAUGCAGUGAGCGUGGGAAAACCUUUAGUCAACACUCAAUCCUUGUUAGGCAUCAGAGAAUCCACACAUGGGAGAGGCCCUAUAAAUGCAGUGAGUGUGGGAAAAACUUCACUUGGAGAUCAGCCCUUUCUGAACAUGAGAGAAUCCACACAGGAGAGAGGCCCUAUGAAUGCCACGAGUGUGGGGAAAACUUCAUCCGCAGCUCAGACCUUUAUAAACAUCAGAGAAUCCACAUAGGGGAAAGGCCCUAUGAAUGCAGGGAUGAGUGUAGGAAUACCUUCUCUUGGCACUCAGCCCAUGUUAGCCAUCAGAGAAUCUGCAAGGGAGAUCAAGACCAUACAAACCUCUAG